UCCGGCGCUCUCACCGCCGUGGCGGUGGCAGUUUUGUCAAACUGUCCUGAACCAUAAAAAAAUAAACACCCGCCAAACACUAUCAAUUUUCACACUUUGUUUUGUCUCAAGCAAGAAAAUACCGCGGUUUUUGCGCUUAUUGUUUGCUUGUUUAAUUGAUUCCUUGUUCACUGGUUCAGGACCAUUGUUCAAAGUUAGAAUAGAUUUGUUUUGGCGGUCUUUAUAAAUGUCUGGACAUUUUGGUAGCUCACACAAACAAGCUGACAUAAGCAACAACACGAUAUAUUCACCAAGAGAAAAUACUUUUCAAGAAAAAUGAAAUUGCAAUUGAUAAUUAACUUGCUCGUCAUUCUGAACUCCUCCACUGGCCAAAAACUUACCGCGAAGCUGAUUCUACAACAAGAGAGCCUCGAAACAUUAAAGAACAGUAUCCUGUACGCCUCGAACUCCGCCGAAAGAGAAUGCCGACAGCAAUUUAAAGCCAGUAAAUGGAACUGCUCUUCUGUGUGGGCCCGUCCAAUAAAGAUGAGAGACCCUAUGUAUAUGAUCCGACGAUUAGCUAACAGAGAGACAGCCUUCGUACACAGUAUAAAUGCCGCAGCCGUCACGUAUUUCUUAACCAGGGACUGUAGGAGAGGCAUCUUUAGGAAUUGCGCGUGUGUGCGACAGACGGGCCAAGCUGGAGAAUGGCGGGGGUGCAACGACAAUGUCAAGUUUGGUGAAGUGCUUUCCAAACACUUCCUAAACGCCCGCCAUGUGGACAAGCGCAAGGCCAGAGCGGUCAUCCAUUUGCACAACAACGCUGUUGGGCGCAAAGCUGUUAAGAAGACUUUAAAGCAACAGUGCAAGUGCCACGGCGUGUCCGGCGGAUGUUCGAGCAAAAGCUGCUGGAAAACACUGCCACUGUUUUCCGAAAUAGGAGACUACCUUAAAGCAAAGUACCAACAAGCUCAAAAAGUCCGUCUGCAUACCAACAAGCUUGUUUUGAAACUUCCUUCCCGUGUGUUUGCACCGCUGACCAAAAAAGCCCGUCGCAGCCUGGUCUUCCUAAAACCCUCUCCAGACUACUGUCACCGCGACACAAAGAAAGGGUCAACCGGUGUGCUAGGUCGAGAAUGUAGCAGCGAUAGCCCAAAUUACUUGGAGUGCAUUCAGAUGUGUACGUCUUGUGAUUAUCGAGUGGAGAAAAAGUUAGCCGUCAGAAGUAGCAAAUGUAACUGUAAGUUUGUCUGGUGUUGUGACAUCAAGUGUAGCGAGUGCAAGAAAUUGGUUGCUGUUACGAAAUGUGUGCGCUAAUUGAAUAUAUCUCAGAGAAAAAAUAAUUGUAUCCUAUCUCCUUCUAAAGUAUACGUCACAACUUAGAAUAUGUACAUAGUCAGAACGAUAUGGAAUGUUGUAAAUAAAAUGUCCUGAAAAAAUG